AUUGGAUGGUAAAAGAAGGGAAUAAGAGGAAUGUUUUUCAAUACGCAAUCACUCCACAUUCAAAGAAGAAAUCAUUCCUGUUUCGCCCACAUUCACUAUUUCAAAAAUCCAUGAAUCGAUUCAAAAGUUACCCAAUGGUUUCACACAGACACAUGAUCUAAUUUUAAUAAAGCAACGCCUGAUUUUAGGAAACCAUUUAGGGGAAGAGAAUUACAGCAGUAAAAUUUGUUGAGAAAGGAUAAUGCAGGGUCUUGAAUUAGAAGACAGUUUGAUUCUGUGUCUCUUGCCAAUUUAAUAGGAUUAGGAACACCAAUAAGGUUGCAUUUCCUUUGCUCAAUUAUUAAACAGAAAUUGGUAGAAGCUCUGGUGCAGUAUUUCACUCUCCUCUAUCUCUCAAAGAAGAAGAAGAAGAAGAAGAAAAAUGGGUACCAAAAGAAAGACUCUUUUCUUCGCUUUUUUUCUACUGCUAUCCUCUGCUCACUCCUUCUAUCUCCCUGGUGUUGCCCCUCGCGAUUUCCAAAGGGGUGAUCCCCUUUAUGUAAAAGUGAACAAAUUGUCAUCUACAAAGACUCAACUCCCAUACGACUAUUACUUCUUAAAUUAUUGUAAGCCACCCAAGAUUGUGAACAAUGCUGAAAAUUUGGGUGAGGUGCUACGUGGUGAUCGCAUAGAAAAUUCUGUCUACACAUUUGAAAUGAGGGAGGAUCAGCCUUGCAAAGUAGUCUGUCGAAUAAAACUUGAUGCAGAAUCUACAAAGAACUUCAAGGAAAAAAUUGAUGAUGAAUAUCGCGUUAAUAUGAUUCUUGACAACCUUCCUGUUGCUGUUCUUAGACAAAGGAGGGAUGGAAGUCAGUCAACAACAUAUGAACAUGGUUUCCGUGUUGGGUUCAAGGGGAAUUAUGCUGGGAGCAAAGAGGAGAAGUAUUUCAUCAACAACCACUUGAGCUUCAGGGUCAUGUUUCACAGGGAUACUGAGACUGAUGCUGCUCGAAUUGUUGGAUUUGAGGUUACUCCUAACAGCAUUAAUCACGAAUACAAAGAUUGGGAUGAGAAGAAUCCCCAAGUAACAACAUGCAAUAAGGAUACCAAAAAUCUAGUUCCAGGUAGCACUGUUCCACAAGAAGUAGACCUAGGGAAGGAGGUUGUCUUCACAUAUGAUGUAACUUUCAAGGAGAGUGAUAUCAAAUGGGCUUCUCGUUGGGACACAUACCUUCUGAUGAAUGAUGAUCAGAUCCACUGGUUCUCCAUCAUAAACUCAUUGAUGAUUGUUCUCUUCCUCUCUGGCAUGGUAGCCAUGAUCAUGAUGAGAACAUUGUAUAAAGAUAUUUCAAACUACAAUCAAUUGGAAACCCAAGACGAGGCUCAGGAAGAAACUGGAUGGAAACUUGUCCAUGGAGAUGUCUUUAGGGCCCCAAACAACUAUGGUUUACUCUGCGUUUAUGUUGGUACAGGUGUCCAGAUCUUUGCUAUGACGCUUGUAACAAUGAUAUUUGCAUUGCUGGGCUUCUUAUCUCCUUCCAAUCGUGGAGGGCUUAUGACUGCUAUGGUUCUCUUGUGGGUUUUCAUGGGAAUAUUUGCCGGUUACUCUUCAGCACGUCUAUACAAAAUGUUCAAGGGCACGGAGUGGAAGAGGAAUACUUUAAAAACAGCAUUUAUGUUUCCUGGUGUCCUAUUUGUCAUCUUCUUUGUGCUGAAUGCACUAAUUUGGGGAGAGCAAUCUUCUGGUGCAGUGCCAUUUGGGACAAUGAUCGCUCUUGUUUGUUUAUGGUUUGGUAUAUCAGUUCCAUUGGUCUUUGUUGGCAGUUACUUGGGUUUCAAAAAGCCAGCCAUUGAAGAUCCUGUGAAGACCAACAAAAUUCCCAGGCAGAUACCAGAGCAGGCAUGGUACAUGAAGCCACUCUUCUCUAUACUCAUUGGAGGGAUUCUUCCUUUUGGGGCUGUUUUUAUCGAGCUCUUCUUCAUCUUGACAUCAAUCUGGCUGAACCAGUUCUAUUACAUCUUCGGUUUCCUUUUCAUAGUAUUCAUUAUUCUAAUAAUCACCUGCGCGGAGAUAACAAUCGUGCUAUGCUACUUCCAGUUGUGCAGUGAAGACUACUAUUGGUGGUGGAGAUCUUACUUGACUGCUGGCUCCUCUGCAUUUUACCUUUUCCUGUACUCGAUUUUCUACUUCUUUACCAAGUUGGAGAUCACCAAGCUAGUUUCAGGCAUCCUUUACUUUGGCUACAUGGUAAUCGUUUCAUAUGCCUUCUUUGUCCUGACAGGAACCAUUGGUUUCUAUGCUUGCUUUUGGUUUGUUAGAAAGAUCUAUUCCUCUGUGAAAAUUGACUGAGAUUGGAGAUGAGAAUGUAGAAACACGACCAGACCGAUGCGAGAUUUUACAGGCUGUACGAGACGAAAGCAUUUUGCAGAGAUUAUUUUGGAAAAAAACAAAAAACAAACAUAUGCUACAGAAAAUUUUCAUGUCCUAUUGUCUCGACAGUCUCUUUAUAUUUUUGCUCAUUAUAGGGUAUCUUAGCUUGUUAUCUUAUCUACACUGUUAAAACCAUACUCUUUUAUGUAGUCUCUGCAAGGAGUAAAAUUUGUUAUCUAGUCUUUAGAUAUUUUGAUACUUAAAUAAUAAUCUCAACAGGAAAAAGAGGAACUUUCGAAUUCAUUUUAAAUACGAAUAUGAUAAGUUUAAACUCAUGUUUAUUACACUA